UUAAAUGAUAUCGAAGUUAAAACCUCCGAAAAACCCACCCUCGUGAAGGCCCUCCGUCAAAUCAUUCCGUAGCCCAUCAUCUGCUUCAGGCCAGAACUGCUGUUUGCCGAUGUCAACGUCGCUCUCUUUUCCAUUUCUCUCUCCUCUACAAGCUCCUGCUUCAUCGAAAGAGUGUCGAAAGGAAAGGGUUUCUGGAUUAUGGAGAAACACGAAGGUCCUGAAGAAAUUAGUGGUGACAGCAGGUCCAAAGAGGAUAUCCUUUGACAGAGAGUGCAGAGAGGCCUUGCUGGCCGGGAUUAACAAGCUUGCGGACGCUGUUUCCGUUACCUUGGGGCCUAAAGGGCGUAAUGUUGUGCUUUCUGAGUCUGGGUCAUUAAAAGUGAUCAAUGAUGGUGUCACAAUUGCACGGGCCAUAGAGCUCGUAGAUUCAAUUGAACAUGCUGGAGCAGUAUUAAUUCAAGAGGUCGCCACUAAGACCAAUGAUUUAGCUGGUGAUGGCACUACCACUGCAAUCAUAUUGGCUAGAGAGAUAAUCAGAUCUGGUUUACUGGCUGUUUCUUUUGGUGCUAACCCUACUUCUUUGAAGAAAGGAAUGGACAAGACUGUAAGACAAUUGGCUAAAGUUCUAAAGAAGAAGAGUUAUCCUGUAAAAGGGAGGGAUGACAUAAAAGCCAUAGCGUCAAUAUCUGCUGGAAAUGAUGAUUUCAUCGGGAACUUAAUUGCUGAAGCUAUAGAGAAGAUUGGCCCUGAUGGAGUAAUCUUUGUUGAAUCCUCCUCCUCGUCUGAAUCCUCUGUGAUUGUUGAAGAAGGAAUGAAGAUCAACAAGGGAUAUAUGUCGCCCCAUUUCAUAACAAACCAGGAUAAAUCAAUAGUGGAAUUUGAAAAUGCGAAAGUCCUGGUGACUGAUCAAAAGAUAUCUAGUGUCAAAGAGAUUGUUCCUUUGCUAGAAAAGGCUACCCAACUGAGUGUCCCACUGCUAAUAAUUGCUGAUGACAUCUCAAAGCAAGUACUGGAAACACUGGUUGUGAACAAAAUGCAAGGCAUGCUCAAUGUUGCUGUUGUUAAGUGCCCAGGAUUUGGAGGAGGGAAGAAAGCUUUGCUGCAAGAUAUUUCCCUUUUGACAGGUGCUGAUUUUCUGGCUGGAGAUUUGGGCCUCACCCUUGAAGGUGCAACCUCAGAUCAGCUUGGUAUUACAAGAAAAGUAACAAUAACAAGUAAUUCAACAACUAUUGUUGCUGAUCCUUCUACCAAAGCUGAAAUUCAGGCAAGAAUUUUGCAGAUAAAGAAAGAUCUAGCUGAAUCAGAUAGUGCACAUAUGAAAGGAAAGCUCUCUGAAAGAAUUGCAAGACUCUCUGGUGGUUUGGCGAUAAUUAAGGUGGGAGCUCACACAGAGUUGGAACUUGAAGAUCGAAAACUAAGAAUCGAGGAUGCUAAAAAUGCCACAUUUGCUGCCUUGAAUGAAGGUAUUGUACCUGGUGGGGGAGCAAUAUAUGUACAUCUGUCGCAAACAAUUCCUGCCAUAAAGAAGUUAAUGGAAGACCCAGACGAGCAGAUUGGUGCUGACAUUAUCGGAAUGGCCCUUCUUGCACCUGCAAGGUUGAUUGCGAGCAAUGCUGGAGUUGAUGGAACAGUGGUUGUGGAGAAGAUCAGGGAGUCUGACUGGGAAGUUGGAUAUAAUGCAAUGACAGGCAGAUAUGAAGACCUCCUUGCUGCCGGAGUGGUGGAUCCUUGCCGGGUUUCAAGAUGUGCUCUUCAGAGUGCCGUCUCCGUCGCUGGCGUGGUGCUAACAACUCAAGCUGUGUUAGUCGAGAAAACAAGGCCGCCCAGGCCCUCUGUUCCUCAUGUUCCCGGAAUAAAUGGUUAAGAGGGACGGGAAAGGGCAAGAAGACAAUGGAAAUGCCAGAGCUUUGGAUCUGACUGACCACACACCCUUGGCCAUUUUUGCUAAAAGUUUGGAGUUUCCAUGCUUACUGCUGAGUUGCUUGGAGAUGGGCAAAGUCACAAUGCAUGUACAAUUUUGUGUUCGGCUUCCUUUUGGUUGGAUGAAAUUGCAGUAUAUGAGGGAAAAGGUUGCUACAUCUAAGAAUAGCAGUAGGCCCGUAUUUGGAUCCUCUGACCUGACUGCCAUUUCUCCAACAAUGUAUUUGCCCAUUUAAUCUGUUUUUGAUUGGCUAGCUAUUGACUAUUUUGUUUGUAAUGACAAAAGGAACACAUCAGUUACUCCAAUUUAGCAUGAUGAAAAGUAAGAAUGCCAAAUAACUCAUCCCAGUUCAAUUCCCAA